AUCGACGCUGAUUGGUGGAUCGAACUCUUCCCGUGUUACACCCUCGCAUUUAGCUUCUGAACACGGCCCUCUGAGGUUGGUAAGGAGAAACAGGCCCUUCUUUAGACGUCAGAAAACUUCCAUCAAAACAAGAAGAACAAAAGGAAGAAGGGCGGGAGAAAAUGGCAGCUGUAAUGUUACGCUGUUUGCAGCCAAACAUUGAUGAGGAGAGAUACAGCGACAAGGGAGUUCCAACAGUAACUUCAGAUGAACAAAUUAAAGUGGAGAAAAACAUAGCAGCAAUCUUCAAUUACUUCAGAAACACCAUUGAGGUAGAUUCCAAGGAACCUGUGCUACAUCGUGAACGUCAUAUUGCUUACUUGAAAAAGGGGUUGAAAAAUCUUCCAGAAGGAUUUCAAUGUUUGGAUGCUAGUCGGCCAUGGCUUGUGUACUGGGCUGUGCAUGCGCUGGAGCUUUUAGAGGUCAAGCUGAAUGAACAGGAAGCAGAAAACAUCAUCGACUUCUUAAAGAGAUGCCAAAACCCUGCAGGGGGCUUUGGCGGUGGUCCAGGCCAGUAUUCUCACUUAGCCCCAACUUACGCAGCUGUGAAUGCGCUGGCAAUUGUCGGUACAAAAGAAGCCUAUGAUGUGAUAAACAGGGAUAAACUUCAAGAAUUUCUGUGGCAGAUGAGAACAGAUGAAGGGGCUUUCAGAAUGCACGAAGGUGGAGAAGUAGACAUUCGGGGUGUCUAUUGUGCAGUAUCAGUUGCACGCCUUGCAAAUAUUGCCACAGAACAACUCUUUAACAGAACUCCACACUGGAUCAUGCGGUGCCAAACAUAUGAAGGAGGUUUCAGUGGGACUCCAGGAAUGGAAGCCCAUGGAGGCUAUACCUUUUGUGGAUUAGCUGCUCUCACCCUCCUCCAUGCUCACCACCUGUGCGAUACACCAGCCCUCCUGAGAUGGGCAACUAAUCGUCAGAUGCGGUUUGAAGGAGGCUUUCAGGGAAGAACCAACAAACUGGUUGAUGGUUGCUACUCGUUCUGGCAGGGAGGCCUCUUUCCCAUCCUCCACACAUUGCUUGCACAAGAAGAUGCAGUGAACAUGAGUGCUGAGCGGUGGAUGUUCAACCAGGAAGCAUUGCAGGAAUACCUGUUGAUAUGUUGUCAGCAUUCCCGUGGUGGACUUAUUGACAAGCCUGGAAAAGUUGGUGCACCCUUUGUACAACAUAGUUUGAAAGUCUGA